AUGAACACAAAAGACAGCGUAAUACAUAAAUAUUUCGAGCGAAAGCCUACAGAUUGGAAAGUUGGUGGGCCUUCGAUCCAUUUCCAUCAACCGACGUUUUCAGCUAAUACCAUUAAUGGAAUUAAUAAUACUGGAGCUUUCAAUAUUCAUCUAUUAAAAAAAUCCAAGAAAAGAAAGAAAGAUCAGGAAGAUGAAGAAGAGGACGAAGGGAUUGACGACCCAGCAAUACGUUAUAAUAGAUUGAUAGUGGGAAUUGAAACUGCACAAGAAAAUCAAACGGCCUGUUUGAUGACCCCGCUGUGUUGGGGUAUCAUAGAUCUUAGAGCAGAGAAUGUCUCUCUGUGCCCAAAACAUCCUUGUGCGAAAGAAUUUCUAUCAGAUACGGAAGUUCAAAAACUCCAACAAACGGCUAUUGAAAUUAUAAAUAAAGAAUCACAUUUGAGCCUAUCUGCUAAAACACUUCUGGAGAUGCUUCAAUGUAGCACUUUCAGUCUCAAAAAACUCAUUAAGGAGAAGAGGGCUCGGGGGAUCGAAGGUAUUUGUUCCUUGCUUAAAAUAGACGCGGAAAUAUAUGACAAAGAUACCCAGUACAUUGGAGAAUGUAUGGAUGCCUUUGGAGAAAGUCAUUCGGAUGCCGACAGAGACGAGAAGUCUUCCCGGUCAGAAUCAGGAGCAACUGGAAAGGCGUGCGAUUUUAUUUUCUGGGGAAAUGGGCACGAGAUUGGCAUUGGAGAGAACACCGGCCCCACUCGUAAGGACCAUCAUAAAAAAAGUGUCACCGAUUUUGUAGAUGUCAUAAAUAAUGUAUUGAAGUCUGUAGCAAUUCCAUUUUUCCAAGUAAUCGGGAUGAAAAUCCAAUUCUACAUUCUAAUACAAAUCAAUGGUGAUUUAUACAGUAUGUGGGAAUGGUCUUCGCAAGACCUACCAAGAAAGGAUGAUGACAUUAUAACUGUGACGGCAUUAUGUAAAAAAUUCCUAAUCCAUCGAAAUCUUCUAAACAAAACAUCCAAUCUAACUCAAAUGGCUGUUAGACUUUAG